AUGUCUUUUUGGAGAAACUUCAACAAAGAGAGGGAAGCUGCUGUUGGCUGCAGCAAUUAUGACUGUGCUCCUCCCGUUAGCGAGGCUUUCCCGGAGGAAAAGGAUUUGGACAGGACCAAAUCAUUGUUGGAGGAGCUCCGGUCCUGUGGGAUUUUUGAGGACAGUGGAGAGCUUCAGCAUAGAGAAAAUGUGGUUAAAAAACUGGAGUCUCUCUAUAAGGAAUGGCUGAAAGAAACCUGCGUUAGUAUGGAUGUGCCUGAGGUGGUGACAGACAAAGUCGGAGGCAAGAUCUUCCCCUUUGGGUCUUAUCAUCUGGGAGCCGACUUCAAAGGCGCUGAUAUCGACAUCCUCUGCGUUGGUCCGGGCUUCGUGGAAAGGAAGGAGUUUUUCACCUCCUUCUAUAAUAAACUCAAAGCCCAGAAAGAGGUGAAAGACCUUCUGGCGAUUGAAGAGGCCUUCGUACCCGUCAUCAAACUCACCUAUGAUGGAAUCGAGAUGGACCUAGUAUACGCCAGAGUGAAUCUGAGGAGCGUCCCAGAGAAAAUCAGCCUCCUUGAUGACAGUCUUUUGACGAACCUCAAACCAGAGUGUGUGAGGAGUCUUAAUGGCUAUCGGGUGACAGAGGAGAUCCGCCGAAGUGUGCCGAAUGUUUCUACCUUUCAGCUGGCUUUGAGAGCUAUUAAGCUGUGGGCCAAACGCCGGAGGAUUUAUUCCAACAAGCUGGGCUUCCUCGGCGGGGUUUCUUGGGCAAUCAUGGUGGCGAGCAUCUGCAAAAUGUAUCCCAACGCGUCAGCAUCGACUGUGGUGCACAAAUUCUUUCAGGAUUUCAGCGUGUGGACGUGGCCGCGCCCAGUGUUGCUGAGAACUCUGGUGUACCAUGAUAAGAGCUUCGCAGUGUGGAACCCCCUGGACAACAAAGCCGACCGCGCCCACUUGAUGCCAAUCAUCACCCCGGCUUACCCCCAGCAGAAUUCAGCCUUCAAUGUGUCCCGCUCCACGUUAGCCAUCAUAAAAGAGGAACUCCAGAGAGGUUACGCCAUCACUGAAGACAUCCAGGAAGGCAAAGAGAAGUGGGCCAAACUUUUCCAAACAUCAAAGUUCACGAAUCAGUACCAGCACUACAUCAAACUGCAGCUCACGUCACCUACAGAGGAGAAGCAUCCUGAAUGGGUCGGACUGUUGGAGUCCAAAAUCAGGCACCUGGUGAAGACCCUGGAGAGGAUUGAAUACAUUUCCAGGGCCCACGUAAACACAGAGUCCCUCACUGCUCCUCCAACCAGAGAUGGAAAAAUCACCACUUCCUGGCUCAUCGGACUGCUCCUCGACCCAAAGGUGUACCGGCCCAGGGUAUUCAAUCUUUACCCUGAGCUAAAACCCUUCAGAUGUCAUGUCUACAACCUGUCUGAAACCACCAACAUGACAGAGAAUGGGGUGACUUUAUGGUCACGGUACAUCCUGAAGGAGAACCAGACCUGGAGGGACCCUCAUCCGGGAAACAGGGUGUUCAGGCCAGUGGCGCCUACUGUGAGACCGCAGACUCCUUCAGCGGCACCAUGCGGCGCUGUCAGACCAGCCAUGACUGGUAAAGGCUGGCCUAAACCUCUAGCUCUGAAGAGGAACCAGAGUUCAGUUCCUUCAACAAGCGGCCCCUCUGCCUCAGCCUCGGUGGGUCCACAGGGCACAAAGCGGCCUUCUCAUCCACAGCUGGAAACUUCAGCCAAGAGGAUGAGAUCUGAAGGCCAGCCCACCUGUCCUGUGUCCUCUCCUGCUGCAGAACCUGGAAGCUCUGGUCCUUCUCAGAGCACGAAGAGAGCCUGUAGCUCUGAGCCUGAAACUCAGAGCAAGAAGCUCAAACCUGACCUCAAGACUCCAGCAUUUACGUCUCAGACCGUCCCUGCAGACGAGCUCUGCGACCAGCCCUCCGGACUCUCCACACCUGCAGCACCUGUGAAGCACAACAUCACUUUCAAGCUCAUGAGACGCUUCUAAAGGACCCGACCUGCAGGAGAACUACAAUCUUCACCCUCCUGCCUCUUGUGGUGGCUGUAAGCUGGGCUGCAUAUGGGUGGGUUGGUGGGACACACCUUUUCACAGCACACUGACAAAAAAGCUGUGAAAAGGUGUGCUGGGGCCUGAAGUCCGGCCUCUGGUUUAUUCUCGGUGUGAGUGGCCUCACUUUGGCUACCAGCAUAGAGAGUAUAGCUGGAUGUGACGCCUGGCUUCAGGUGCCUAAAGGGCCCUGCAGGGUUCAACUCACAGCCAAAGCUGAAGGUUCCUGUCAGAGCCUGAAGGCUAUGAGGAGAACCUGCAGGUCCACUGAGGGGGGAUUUAGGGUUUUCUCCGAGUGCUUCGGUUCACCCCAAAUUAAUAAUUUGAAAAAAAAAACAAGCCCCCUUUCCCCAAAAAAUAAUAAAAUAAAAUAAAAUAAAAUAAAAGGUUUGAUUUCUCUACUCCUGUCUUUUCCCUUAUGAAUUAUAUUAAAUUAGAUUAAAAGUUGAAAAAAGAAAAAAUAUAUUUGUAAACCUCCCAUUGAAAGAAGGUGAAACAUCUUUUUGCCUUCAGACACUUUGCUUUCAGAAUUUUAAUAUUUAAAAGAAUGUCAGAAUUCUCAGAUUAAAGUCAGA